AUGGCUUCAUCUAAUAUCCAUCAACCCAGUCAAACAUCUUCUACUUCCAACAAUCCAUUUUUGGCCACCGAGUCAAAGUCAAUGGCUUCACCAAAUACUACUCCGUUUGAUCAGACUGCCCUCAAAAGCUCCGCCUUCACAGUCGACUUCACAUGGAAGAAGUGGAUGGGCGUAGUCUCUGACGCCAACAAACCAGGCUCAGACCCCCUGUACACUAUCCACUUCCCAUUCAAUGUGUUAUCCAAAAAUGCGGCCACCAUGGUCUUCAAGCAAGCUUCCAAUGAAGAAGUUAUUGGAAGUGGAAAGCUGAAUGUUGUCUCCAUCAACGCUAGCUACGAACUACAUGGACAGAAGGCCCACCUUCUAGCCCAGAAACGCUGGCGAACGGUGUACACACACCGCUCGCUCAACUUCUCCGACACAGACUCUCCAGUCACAAUGACAUGGACCAGUGAUUGCGGAUUCAAGAACUGGGACUUUGUCUGUGUCGAUGAACAGCAGAUGCCCGUGGCAAAAUUCACAGCCAAUGCCUGGGGUGUUACCAAAAUUGGCAAGAUUGAAUUUAUGGGGUCCAAGGCCGAUAAUAGAGCUGCGCAGGAAGAGAUCAUGGUUACAGGAAUCACGCUGUUCUAUUGCAUGAUGGUUCGCUGUAAUAAUAUUUUCAAUUUGUUUGGGGCUAUCUUUGCUCGGCCGGGGCAUAAGCAACACAUUGAGCCCCAGGCCAAGACUACGGCCAGCAUGGAUAAAGCUUCGCAACUUGCUUGA